AUGACGAUGAUAGAAUCCACAAAGAAUGGGACUGGUAUUGAAGACUCUUGCUUAUUGAGCACUUUCCUUCCAUGCAUCAUCUUUGGGCGUACCUCUCAUCGCUUGCAGAAUCCUUCUGCCGAACCCGAAAGUGGCAAUUCGGACUGUGCAUUGUUCUGUGGCAUACAGUCACUCACUGGCUGCGGCUGGAUUUUCAAUGUGAUGAAGCGUGGGGAGAUCCGCGAGGCAUAUGGCAUUGAAGGUAGCGGCAUGGGAGACUGCUGCGCCUCAUUCUGGUGUCUUUGCUGUGCGCUUAUCCAGCAGGAAAAGGAGGUCAAGUCCCGACAACUUGCGUGCUGCGAGACCGCUGGUUACCAGCCUAUGAAGGAUGGCAUGCGUAUGCCUUGAGGACCUCCCUUGAAGACAUGGUUGAUGUUGAUACCCUUCAUCAGAUGUAUGGGGCAGGGUGAGGCUGAUAAGGAACUACAAAAGUGAAGAAAUUGUCUCGUUUUAUUGAGCGCCUCUUGACAAUCAUUUAUAUAUGAGACGUCAUAAGAAUUCUCGAGAUUCUUUCUUAUAUUGUAC